GAAUUUUCAGGUUCGUCGGCUGUGUUGGAACGAAGGCUUCUCUUGCGGUGUUUGAUCAUCGACGAAUUGGCUCGAGAUUUAUUUCUGCACUCAAGAGUUCAGGGAUCAUGGUUCGCACUUCGGAAUAAUGUGUGGACUCGUGGUGCAGAUGAUGCUGCUGCUUUCAGUUACCAUGUCCCUAUACACCAGCCGGGAGAAAGAACCGGCAGGAAAUCAAAUUAAGAGAAGGAUGACAGCAAGGUUCAAACAGAAAAACCUGUUUGGAAAUCUAAAUCUGCAAGCUUGCCAUUUCACCUUCAGUGGAGCUCUGAUCCUAGCCCACUCCAAGGGGGUUGGCUAUCUGUUGCUACUGGACUGUGGUCCCCUAAGCUCUUCCAAGUGUUGUAUGUGUGAGUGGCAGCCAAGGCAGCCAGAGAAGCUGCAGGGAUGCAGCUUUGGUUCCACCCUGGGCGCCUGUCGUCGAUUUGUGGACGGGUGGCCGAAGACGACGGCGGAGGGCGCAGCAGUGGCGGUGUUUGGCAGGCGGUGGCCGGCGGUGGCCGGCGGUGCAGAGCAGACGCCCGGCGGUGCAUUGGUGGUUGUCGUUCGGGACAGACGGAUGGCGGGACGGUUUUACGUCGUGGCCUGGCGGAGCAAUGGCGUUGAUCGGGGCCGCCGGCGGGCGGUGCAGAGUGGGCUGUCGUGCGCGUGA